GUAUUUUUUAAAGUAUUGAGCUUUAGGUCUUAUCUGAGUGUGAGAGUCCAGUGAACCACAUGUCACAUGGGCGUGUGUGUGUGUGUGUGUGUGUCUGUUUGUUGUCCUGCAUAGGUCAAAUAAACUGAGUGCUGACGUAGAGUAUAAAAGCUGUGCAUCUAUUUGUCGACUCUCACUCCAGAGUACUAGCUCUUGACCCCAUCCCUCUCUGCGCCGGCCCUUCCUCAGUCAUGCAGCGUCUGACGGCCCUCGGCCUCCUCCUGGCAUGCGCCGCGUCCCUCGGCAGCUCUGCCGUCAUCUUGGAAAAUGGCAUGCCCAUCCUGUGGGCGCACACGGCCGGCCAACUCACAGACCUGCCGAUCGAGAAUGGCGUCCUGACCCCUGACCCCUGGCACUAUCUUCACCGUAUGAGCCUUUAUCGGCUGCUGAUUGCUGCUACAGACCCAUUUAUGGGAUGCAUGGGCACAAACGCUACAGACAGUCCUAUUUGGGGACUGCCACUGCAGCUUGGAUGGAUGCUAACGUCAGGGCGUCUGGCAGACCCGACCGGCGCUUCAACCUGCGGCCUGCAAACAGGAGAUACCAUGUGCAUCUCUACUCAGAGUUGGUGGGCCUGUCAGAACUACUUUGUCUCAACACUGCCCUUCCUCUCUGCUGCACAGCAAGGCCUCAUGGGACCUGAACUUCAGGUCAAGAUGCAGAUUCCUGCGGGGGUCGAGGACCUUUGCACCACCUAUGCCGACUGUUCAGCUCGCUUCCCUGAGGUCAUGCCUAAGUGGGAUGCCUUUUUCCAGGGUCUCAAGGCUGCGUCUGAGUCUGCUCUGCCCGACGUUGAGAAGAAAGACGCUCUGCUCGGUCUCUACUGGGCUGCCCAAAUGGCUUCAACUCAUGCCUCUGCAGUUUGUAGUUCCAGGGAGAGCCACUACUCCUCCACGGAGGUGUAUUUUGCUAAGUGCUGGCUCAACUCAGCAGAGUACGUAUCAGCGGCAUAUUUCCAGUCCAAUUUGGACAAAUCUGCGAUGUUCAUGAACCCUCUGCCAGGUCGAAUUUUACAGGAGAACGACGUUGCACCUAACAUCCCUGAUCUGUCUUACGAGGAGAACCACACACUGUCUGUGUUCUCCUGGAUGCAGAACAUCAACAAUCUUCUCGGUGGUACACUGGUGCGCAUGUGGGGAAAGGCCAUGUGCUCGAUGACCACAAGAGAGAGAGGCAAAGAGAUGCUGGAGCAGCUCCUCCUGAAUCCCACCUACGCCACCACCUCCUUCCUGUCCAUCGUCACCGGGAUGGCGACCGGCUGCUGAGACAAACCCACCAACAGAGACAGAGAGAAAACCCCAGUUACACACACGAGUCAAUACUUUCCCACAAUGUGGAAGUUAUAGACGUGCUAAAAUAAAUCUGAAGUCAUGCAUAUAGGUGGAUUGUAUUGAUUGCUGUAAAACUCAGACAAGACAACAUGUAAUACAAAAAGACACAACUGGCAUUAAGCUGUAAAGCAGGUAUUCCUCAGUCUGUAUUGCAUGUUCACGUCAUGUCCCAGUAAAUCAUCAACAAUC